CUGAAAGCGUUUUGCGAGAUCGGAUAUAAAAAUCCAUCGUUCUUAAAAUGUUAUGGAUUAUCAAGAGACGAUUCAGGAAAAUAUGUUCUUGUUUUGGAAUAUGCAGAAAUGGGAUCUUUGCGCAAUUAUCUUCAAAAGUAUCGCAAAUGA